ACUGGAGUAACCUAACCGGCCUUUUCACGAGAAAUCACUUCAACAAAACUCUGGCCUGCGUGCAGACUUGCUUUCCUUCUCCUUCGCAAUGGAAAAUAAAAUUUGCACGCCGGCUACGAAAAUUGCUUCCCGCCCGCGUAGAUAUCAUCACAAAAGCUGGCUAUGGUUUCGUAAUCGCGUUUGCAAACGUUGCCUAGUGACUUCGCUCUACUGAAAAGUGAUUUUGUUUUUAACCGUCUGGCGAAGAAUAACAUUUUUCAGAGAAACAACGCUUUGUAUUAUGCCUAUUGUUUUUAGUCUUAUUGUUCAAGCCCAUUUUGCCACCAGAAAAAGAUUCUGCAAUUUACCACCGAAACUAUUCUUUGAUAAUGCGUUUUCUCGUUUAACUGGCCUACAAAAUUCUAGUGUCUUGUGUAUCCAGAUACUUUUAGGAAAUUAUCAUUUGCAGUGAAAUGGAUAAACUCUGCUGAAUCGGAAGCUAUGGAUAUUGUUCAAAUGCUACGCGUAUUAUCCUUACUGAAUGCUGCCGCAGUUGCCGGAACGACAUGUGUUGAACCAUGCCUGUACUAUGCGGAAAGGGAUGCCAUAAAAAGGGUUCAAUUGCAAAACAGCACGGGCACGGCAGCGAGUGGCACCCCAAUCCAAACAAUAUACCAAGGUGGAAGAGGUAUCAAUGUCUUAGCUCUGGAUCAUUCUGGUGGGCGGAUCUUCUGGUAUGAUUAUGGCAGUAGAAUGAUUUACAGAGGUUAUCAAAAUGGCACUGGUGUUAUGCAGCUCAUUAAGUAUGGAGUAAGUUUCUGUGAAGGAAUUGCAUUCGACUGGACUGCAAACAAUAUUUAUUGGACGGACAGCUGGCACGACUGGAUUGAAGUGGCAAAGGCUGAUGGAAAGCAUCGAAAAGUCUUAAUCAGUGGAGGCAUGGAGCAACCACGUGGCAUUAUUGUUGCCCCAAACGACGGGUACCUCUUUUGGACAGAGUUUGGAAAGAAACCACGAAUAGAGCGGGCAAAUCUAGACGGGACUGCCCGCCAAGUAAUAGCAGAAAGUAACCUUGUUUACCCAAAUGAUCUUCAAAUUGAUUAUGGGGCAAAGAGAUUGUAUUGGAUAGAUGCCUAUACGGACAAGGUUGAAUCGAGUGAUUUUUCAGGAGGAGGCCGUAGGAUUGAAGUUGAUGUUUCAUACGCUGGUACCGUGGCUAUGCACCCGUACAGCAUGGCGUUAUUCGCCCAGCACUCUUCGAUAUUCUUCACAGACUGGUACAGGAGCUGGGUCAUUUACAAGUCACUGACGUCAGCUGCGAUAAGCAUAUUGCAGACAAGCACAGCACGAUUAAAGCAGAUUGGCCAAGUGAGGAUCCUACACGCUUCAAAUCAACCGCCAGGAAGCAGUCAAUGCCAGCAAAACAAUGGCAACUGCUCCCAUCUCUGCUUGCGACUGAACGGGAGAAGCUACACAUGCGCAUGUUCCACUGGCUUUGUAUUUCGGAAUAACGAAUGCACAGUGGCAGAGCUCGACUACCAAGCAUUUUUGCUAGAUGGAAGUGAUGCAAACAGCAAAAUUUUCCAUAUGUCAAAAUUUGUCAAUCAGUCACAAUAUCUGUUUGAAGCCUUGAAGCCCCCGGAGUCAGGUCGUCCAGUUGGCGUCGACUUUGACCAAAGGCAGAAUCUCAUUUACUGGGGUGACGUCAGAUUAAACAAGAUCUACAAGAUGUAUUUGAACGGAACUGGUUUUCAAGUGAUUUCAAACACAGGAAUUGAGACACCCGAGGGUCUCGCCAUUGAUGCAGCCACUGGACUUUUGUACUUCGCAGAUUACAAUUACGAAAAGAUUGAGGUGAUGAAGGUUGAUGGCUCAAUGAGAAAGAUUUUAAUCAAAAGCAAUAUAGUAAACCCAAGAGAUAUUCAGCUGUAUCACGAAAAAGGUUUGAUGUUCUUCAGUGACUGGGCCUCAGACAACCCAAGGAUUGAAUCUUCAUUUAUGGAUGGAACAAACAGGAAAGUUAUAAUAAGCAGUGCUAUAGAAACACCAAGUGGCCUAGCCGUGGACAAAGCGGAGGAGAGGUUGUAUUGGUGUGAUAUGUCAUUGAAUAGAAUUGAAUCUGCAAAUCUGGAUGGCACAGACAGACGAGUCCUGUUUGAUCAUGGUGGCUAUGAUCCAAAUUUCCCAUUGGAGUCAGUGAGCGGAGAAAUUCAAUCACCAUAUGGACUUGCUAUUCACCGUGAUCACGUUUAUUGGACGGAUUGGACACGAAGAGCAGUUUUUGCUGCUGACAAGAGGUUUGGGGGGAAGAUCAAUUUUGUGACUGGAGGAUUGGUAAAACCAAUGCAAAUCCAUGUUUAUUCAAAGAAGACUGCAAAAGAUUACAAAAAACUUUACUUUUUCUCACGAGCUCGAGAAGACCCAGCAAACCCUCUUUCACAGCCAUGCUUUGCCAGGAACUGUACGGGGACGUUCUUUCAAGAGCCCGCGCUUUGCCCGCAGGGAUAUGUUCAGUCACGUUUUGGCUCAACUUGUGCAAACUGUUCAGCUCCUUUUGGUGUUUAUGGCCGAAGAUGUAAAUGUCAGGAUUGGAUGAGUUGUGCACACCGUGUAUAUAUGAAACUGAGUUGCUCUGCAAGUAGGCCUUUCAUGCAAAUUAAAGUCAGGGAAUGUAUAAAAGUUAUCAACCCAGGACAUUGUCCAACAACAUCCGGAUGCCCUGGAACAUCUGUUCAAAACUGUUCUUCGGAUGGGGAUUGUACAGAUGUUCAGAAAUGCUGCAAGACAGGCUGUGGAAAGAAAUGUUUACAUAGCAGCCCAUUACCAGCUACGCAUCCCUGCCAGGAAAAUAACGGUGGCUGCAGCCAUUUUUGUUUUCGAGUUCCAAAUAGCUAUUCUUGUGGGUGCCCAGACACGAUGACACUUCAGCAGGCGGAUAACAAAACAUGCAUUUUAAAAUCUGGUCUAUGUAGCACGAAAAUGCCUUGCCUCAACGAAGGAAUUUGCCGAGAUAGCAGUGCCAGUUCCUAUGAAUGCACCUGCAAGCCUGGGUUUACUGGCAUUCAUUGUGAAAGAUGCUCUGUAUGCCCAGUCAACACAACCUGUAGUAAAAAUGGUGAAAAUGUAACAUGCAACUGCUCUCCUGACUAUUGCAAUAACAACGGAACUUGUAUUGCUACAGGAAACAAAACUGUUUGUACCUGUUUAAACGGUUUUGUUGGCGAAAGAUGUCAGACAUACAACCCAUGUCCAGAGAAUUACUGCAAUACGAAUGGCAUAUGUUUCUUUGAUAACGGAAAACAUAAAUGCAAUUGUACCGUGGAUUUUACAGGUGAAAGAUGCGAACAUUUCACAGCUUGCCUGUCGAAUACUUGUGUUAAUGGAGGCACAUGCUCUUACCGUAGACUUGGUCACAUUAUAACACGUAUUUGCAUAUGUCCAGGCAACUUCACCGGAUCGAUGUGCGAAACAACAAUUGCUUGCAGUCCGAACCCCUGUCUGCACGAUGGGUAUUGUAAACCCUCUGGAAAUCAUUAUCAGUGUGUUUGCUUAAAUGGUUACAGUGGAGAUCAAUGCCAGUUUUAUGAUACAUGCCUAGCAACGCCGUGUCAAAACAAUGCCAACUGCUCCUCAAGAGAAAAUGUCACACAUUGCCAAUGCUUACCGAACUUCACUGGAAGAUUAUGCGAAACGGAGAUAACCUGCCCCAGGGACUAUUGUAAAAACGGUGGUGAUUGUGUUGUUACCAAUUUUCAAAGAAUGUGUAACUGCCCUAAAUUUUACAUUGGAGAGUACUGUGAGACAUACAUUCCAUGCAAAUCAAACCCUUGCAUGCGAAAUAGUCCAUGUAGACCUGUGCCUGGAGGGGAUUUCAAAUGCGACUGCCCAGCUGGCUACUGGGGGAAGACCUGUCAGCAUGAGGACAAGUGUAUAUCAGGUCCCUGUGCCAAUGGGGGCACUUGCAAGAAGGUUGAAUCAGAUGCUGGUUAUGUCUGUGAUUGUGCAAAGGGAUACAUUGGAGCUAAAUGUCAAACUUUCAAUAGUUGUUCUAGCAAUCCUUGUCAAAACUCUGGUAACUGCCAUUUGAUUGGCAAUAGUUACAGUUGCAAUUGCACUCAAGGGUAUGUUGGUGCAAAUUGUGAGACAAGGGACUAUUGUUUAGAGAGUGAAUGUCGGAAGAUCAGUCAAUGUGUAAAUGCCUCAACUGGCUACACCUGCUCCUGUGAUAUUGGAUACACUGGCCGGUAUUGUAAAACGCUCGUGGAUCACUGUCAGCUAGCUGGAAACGUCUGCCAAAAUGGUGGCACAUGUAUCAAUAGGCUAGAUAGGGCCUACUGUAACUGCUCCCUCUUCUUUGCUGGAAAAAAUUGCCAGAUUAACUACCAUGAUCACAUCACUGUUAUCAAUUACAUGCCAGAUCCUUCUACAUCCCUUUCAACUGACCAGAUUCGGGAAAAACUCGCCCAAGAAUACACGGCGUAUUGCUUAAAGGCUGACUGCAAGCAGGAUUCUGUUCUUUCCAGGAAACGAAGGGAUGUUAAGAAGACAGUCGAAGUUAGAGGGGAUGAUAUCAUCGUUAUGACCGGAUAUCCAAAGAAAAUAUCAGACUCAAGCAUGGAACUGCGGUAUGCCGUUCUGGGAAACGAUGGCACAGCAUUUCUUAUUUCUUCCUCAGUUGCCGUGAACGGAUUCGAAAGUUUCAAGUCGUCAUUUGCAGCUUCCCUUAAUAUCAAAGUGAUAAAAGUGUAUAAGAUUAGCACCGUCGCUCCUAAAUCUGGCAAAAAUAAAGGAAGGGAUACAGACUCAUCAACAGGUGGACUUGCCGCUGGAAUGGUUAUUUUGGUUUUAUGCCUUAUUACUGCCAUGGCGCUUCUUACGUAUUUUUACAAAAAGAGGAGAAAUAAUGCAUCGAAAUCAUUUACUGCGUUUGACAAUGCCCUCUACCGUUCUAAUACGGAUCUUCAGGAAGCAAAAGAGCCUUCUGUUGUGAUUAACAACAAAGCAAAUAUUCAGAGUGAAUCCAGUACCAAAUUGAAUGCACUGGAGUUUGAUAAUAGUAUUUAUGAUGCACGGGACGACUAUGCUGAAGUGGUAACUGUUGAUUUUGCACGUGAGGAUUAUUCGAAACAAGAAGAUGGUCGAAUUGUUUUUGACAGUGGAAAGGGCAUGACAGGGUUAGUUAACCCUUACAUAGAUUUGCCGGAAAAUGAGAAAAGCCAGUCGAGUUUAGUAAGAACAGACUCUGUCAGUAUCGUCUCAUCUUCAGAUGUUAGAGUUGGAACUGUUGCAGCCAUUGAGGUGUAUGAGGAUGAUUUUAUGUCCAAAAUAAAGUCUAAGCAGGCUGAUCGAUUGCAGGACAACUUUAGGCCUGUGAGAAGCUUGCAAGUGAAGUCGAUUAAUGAAGAUGCUGUUGAUGGCUUGACUGGCUUUGCUAACCCUUGUGUUGCCAUGGACGAUAACAUCUUCUCUGAGGAAGACACCAAAGAUGCCACAGAACUUGCGGCUGCUUUGGACCUGGCAGCUGAUGAUGAUGUGAAUGGUGCAGAUGAAAAUACUUUAGGUACCCAAGAUUUUGAUGCGGGUACCCGCAAAAUAACUGAGAAAGAAAAGGACAUUGAGAAAAAAAAAGUUACUUGGGCAAAGUUAGAAGACGAUUUGGAAAGCUCUGCUUGAUCAUUUUAAGUCAUAUUUACUUUUGCAGUAGACUGAUGUACAGAUUUUGGCUUCAGGAAUUGAAAAUGCUAUUAAAUUGCCAUUCCACAGACAAGCUGUUUUAGACUUUUAUACGAAGCAUGAACUUUAUGUUGUUGUGUAAUAUUUUCUUCCACAUUUGGCUUUUUAUCUUUUUUAAAAUAGGUUAAACAGUGAUCAAGGAAAUUUUAAGCAAACUGCUUUCCUCACAGAAGAAACCAUUUCUUAUCAACUUGCUUUGCUUUUCAAUUUUUGUUAGCAUAAAGCACGAACAGCCAUUUUCCUGGUGACAAAUAAACAUGUAAGAUAUAUUCUUCUUCCUGGCAGAAAACAGGACUAGGCAGGGUUCAAAUGUCGAGAUCUGAAUGAACGUUUCUCAUCUUGUGCUUAUCAACCAUGCAAGUUGUGAAUUCCACUCUGCAUUGAUGCUGGACAUCAUUUCCCAAAUAUUGAAGCCAUUUGUGAAACAAAGAUUAAAUCAUAUUUACGUACUCAAAUUGUGGAAUGUGUUGUCCAUUCCUUAGCACGUCUCAUGAUCAGGAUUACAUAAAGUAUUCCAAUUCACCAACUGUCUCAAUCUAAACAUUCCUUUUCAGCUUUUAUAGUUGGGUUUUUUUAGUAGCUUAGUUAGAUUUUUACAAUCUUGUUCUCACGACAAAUAUACCAAGUUUGUCCAUAAUUCUUUGCAAUUUUUAGAAAUAUUUAGAAGCCCAAGAAAGGAUAUAUGCUAAGCUAUUGAGGGCUUUACGCUGUAGCUAUGAAAUUCAACACAGUACAAAAUUUGAUGCGAUCGUUAGUAAUGGAUGGAUCCACCUCCAUGUCGUCGGAUUAUUUCACGUAAUGUUUGCAUAUUUAAGGUACAAUUUCAUUGACUAUUUAUUGCAUAUUUGUUACCUAAUGAUGUAUUUAUUGGCUUUGCAUUAAAACUUGUAGAAUUGGAUCAGCAUUAA